AUGAACGGCUCUUUCUACCACACUGGGAACCACUGCCGUUGCGAUCUGGCCAAUGAAGCACAACUCUGUGACCUCUAUCGCGACCAUGCGCAAUCUACGGAUGGUCUUUGGACUGGACCUGUGCCAGUUACCGAAUGGAGGAAACACUUCUUGCCUCCGACAAGCAAUGUCGCCACACGUCAUGUCGACUUCACGUCGGUCCCCAGAGAGAAUGGCCAAGCCAAGUUUGGAGAUUGUAUCCGCGAGAGUGGCCUCUGCAAGACUAUCUUUCCCCGCGCCGCACACGACGUGCACGGUAAAGACCACGUUGGCGACAUGUAUCACUCGCUCGACUUCACACUUCUCUCCCAAGAUCUGGCGAUGGACCACUCCAGCCGCCGGACGCGCGAUGAGCUUCUGAGCUCUACUCUGGCAUUCGGCGCGCUCACGUCCGAUGACUUCGAUCCCUGUGCUUUCGGCGACGGAAAGCCAGACACCGACAGGGCCGCAAGCAUGCGAGGAAGACUUGCCGCUACGGUACAAGCCAUUGCCGCGAACUCGCAUCGUAUGGCUGUCUACGCCUUUGUGCUCAUGCCUGAGCUCGGCCGCCUCACGCGUUUCGACCACACCGGUGUUGUAUACUCCGAGCUAUUCGCAUGGCGCACUUCGGGCGAUCUCGCAGAGUUCCUCGUGAGCUUUGACGACAUGUCUGCUGCCGAGCGCGGUUGCGACAUGUCAGUUGCGCCCAUCGCACCCGACUCUGAAGAAGUCCUGCGGGCCAAAGAGAUCCUCGCACGCUGCGACACUCUACCGCCAGGCGUGAAGAAGUCCGCCGUCAUCCCUCCCAACCAUCAGGGCUAUCUGUCCCUCAUGCACGUUUAUGACGAUGAAGCGGAGAAGUUUCAUCGUGUCGUCGUGCAUCGCGCAAUAUCAUCUGCCGAAUGCUUCACCGGUCGCGCGACGCGCGGUUUCUACGGCGUGGACCUCGACGAUGAGGGCGUAGUCUACGCCAAGGAUACCUGGCGAAUUCAAACGUCAAGCACGGAGCCGGAGGCUGCGACGUACAAGAGAUUGGGCAAGAAGGAUAUACCGCGGCUCGCAGGCUUCUAUCUAGGGGGCGAUGUACCGCUCAACACUCCAACAAUGUCUUCUCCUUCCCCGCAGACAAAGGCAGCUGUCGUCUAUCAAACAACGGACUGUACAUACGACAUUGUCACGACGCAUCCCGAGUAUAGUCGGUCAGGCGAUGCUCCCGGCAAGAAGAUGCGUCUAUACGUUCACCACCGCCUAUUAUUCAAACACAUCGGACGUCCUUUGAGGGCUUUCAAAAGCACUCGUCAGCUGUGUAUCGCCUUGCUUGACGCAAUUGAGGCACAUGGCAAGGCGUGCGAAUCAGCCCAGGUUCUUCAUCGUGACAUAAGCGGCGGCAACAUCCUUAUAGACAAGGACGGUCGUGGCAUGCUCAUUGACUGGGAUAUGUGUGUAUGGCUUGAAAACAAGAAUGAAGUUGAACGAGUUGGACAGAAGAUUGGUACUUGGCGCUUUAUAUCGGCCCAUUUAUUGCAAGGCUCGAAACCUCGGCAACACUUGUUGUGCGACGACCUCGAAUCCUUCGUGCACGUUCUCUUCUACCACGUCUUCAGGUUCAGGCCCAUCAGGCCCGACGCACCCGAGAGGAAGAAGUUGCUUGCCGGCUUGCACGACGUAUUCGAUCUCGCCCUGCCGGCGGGACAAUCGGACGUCGUGGGAAGUUUGGACAAACCGAAAGUGCUCCUUGGCGAUGGUCCUUUCUCCUCCGAAUUCGUCGCGGAGCAUGUAAAGCCACUCGCGCUGUCCGCUCUGAUGAACGACGUACGUCAAGCGUUCGCCCCCCUAUACAAGUCGAAACCACUGGUGGAUCUUGCGGGUCGGGAUCUUCAUCCCGAGAUGGCGCAACAGUACAGGGACGAGUUGGCGACGUGUCAGCAGCGUCUGCAAUCAUCCAACUACGUCGCAUCACGAUUCCGACACUGGCUACACCAUUAUCACAUGCCCGAGUAUCCAGAGCUAGAUUGGCUACCGGAUGACUGCGCGGUCGACCAGUAUCAAACCUGUGCACCAAACCGCGGAGAAAUCCUCGACAAUUCGCGCUCCAGCCGCAAACGUAUGAGCGACACCGAAGGCGAGACGACACCCGCAGCAAAAGCUCGUCGUCUCUCUGCCGAUAAGAAUGCAUCGGCUGGUGCAUCUGCUCGUUCACGUCGAGGACGUUGA